CAACUUUGUGUACUUCCACAGAGACCAGCUGAAAAAGACUGAUUAUUUUGAGUAUUUUUAUAAUCUGCUGAUUUCCUGUCUCCUAAAUAUCCAUACUAUUGGAAUCCAGGGACUGUUAAUACCUGAGGCGACAGAUGCAGCAGGAGACCAGCCCACUGCAGCACCAGCGUAGGCAUAUGUCUGAACUGUGAAGGGCUGCAGAACAGAGAGAUGAAAGGGCAACAUGAAGAAAAACAAGGCCCCCUCCUCCAGGAGAGCUGAAAUCCAGCAUCUGUAUCAAUGCUACGCCUCAGGCCAGACGACUUUGCCUGCCUGCGCGCUCCUCAGGUUCCUCCAAAAAGAGCAGAUGGAGCUCACAGCAGAUGAGGAGACAGCAGAGAAUCUGAUUGACAGAUACGAGAUUGAAGAGACAGCCAGAGAAAGCAGGUCCAUGACAUUUGAGGGAUUCCUCAGGUACAUGGAGUCCAGAGACUGCUGUGUGUUCGACCGGGCCCACGCAUCAGUGUACCAAGACAUGGAUCAGCCUCUCACCAGCUACUUCAUCUCCUCAUCACACAACACCUACCUGACUGGAGAUCAGCUAGUAGGAAAAAGCCACCUGGAUGCCUAUGUUUGUGCUCUGAGGAAAGGCUGUCGCUGUCUGGAGAUUGACUGCUGGGAUGGGCCAGAUAUGGAGCCUGUAGUCUACCAUGGCUACACCCUGACCACAAAGAUACUCUUUAAGGACGUCAUCACCACUGUAGAGCAACAUGCUUUUGAGGUGUCUGCUUACCCAGUGAUCCUGUCACUGGAAAACCACUGCUCCCAGGAGCAGCAGGAGGUCAUGGCCCAGUAUCUCAUCUCCAUCCUGGGAGAGAAGCUGCUGAGAACUCCCUUGGAUCAUCCAACCACUGGAGACCUCCCAAGCCCAAAUGACCUGAAAUAUAAGAUCCUCAUCAAGAAUAAAAAGCUAAAGCCUCAGAUAAAGGCAGAGGAUGCAUCAGGGACAGAGGCAGAGGAGAGUAUAGAUGAAGGUGAGGAUGAUGAUGAUGACGAUGAAGAGGAUGAGGAUCUUCAAAGCAAAGCAAAGUUCUGGUCUCCCAAAAAGGCAGGGCCAAAGAAGGAAAAGAAGAAGGUGGUGGUGGCCAAGGCCUUAUCUGACCUGGUCGUGUAUACCACAUCUGUCAAGUUCAUCAGCUUCAGUCACUCUAAGGAUAAUCAGAACUACUAUGAGAACACGUCUAUGGCAGAGAAGAAAGCGCGCAAGCUAGCCAAAGCCUCAGGUGCAGAUUUUGUUCGUCAUAACCAGAAGUUCCUCAGCAGGAUUUACCCUGCAGGCUCGAGGACGUCAUCAUCCAACUACAACCCUCAGGAGUUUUGGAAUGUCGGCGCGCAGCUCGUGGCUCUCAAUUUCCAGUCUCUGGGCUUGCCUAUGGACCUUAAUGAUGGCCGUUUCCAGGACAACGGGGGCUGUGGAUACAUCCUGAAGCCGGCCGUGCUCAUGUCCAGUCAGAAGAGCUUUGAUCCCAGCUGUAGCCAGCACAGGCUCAAACCCACACACCUGCUGCUCAAGGUGAUCAGUGGGUCAAACCUACCUGUCCCGAGGAGUGGCAAAGCUCUGGACCCCUUUGUCAGACUGGAGAUUUAUGGGAUUGCAUCUGACUCCCGCAGAAAAAGCACACAUACCAUCAAAAACAAUUCUCUGAAUCCCUACUGGGAUGCUGACAUGAAUUUCAGCAUCAGCGUCCCCGAGCUCUGCCUCAUCCGCUUCUGUGUUCGAGAUCAGACCAGCCUCCUCAGCAGCGAGUUUGUGGGCCAAUACACUCUGCCCUUCACCAGCCUGAAGAAAGGCUACCGCUGGGUGCCUCUCCGGUCCCGAGAUGGAUGCAGCCUGGAUCCAGCCUCCCUCUUCGUCUUUGUCUGGUAUUCCUAAAAACAGCUCUCCAUAUCAGACUCUCUCACACACACAUACACACAUGCAAACACACCUCGCCAACAGAUAGAGAAGCGUGGCUGAUGCAGCAAUGACAACAACAACAACAACAAAAAUAUAUAAAUAAAUCAAAGGCACCAUUUCCUCAGA